AUGAGUGAAAAGGAAUUGAAAGAUCUUCCAUCAUCAGCAAUAUCGGAAAACACAAACAGUACUACUCCAGCCACUACCUCUACCACUACAAUAGAAGAACAAAUAGGAGAGGAAAAAAGUCAGUUAGUUCAAAGCGAAGUUGAUUUAGAAUCUCAAGUAUUUGAGGAUGAUGAAAUUUAUUCAUCAAAUCAGCCUUUGAUUGGAAAUAAUGAUGAAAAUAAUUCCGAGACAGAUGUAAAUAGUUCAACUAAUUCCGAAGUGGAUGUUAAAUAUUUUGACCAAUCGAUAUUUAAAAUUGUAUACAAAAGAGGCAUAUGGCUGAUAUUAUUAUUAAUUUUGCAAUCAUUUUCUAGUUUUAUUUUGGCCAAGUUUGAAUCUCUGAUAGAAAAACAUAUUAUUAUUUCCCUUUUUUUAACCAUGUUAAUAGGAACAGGAGGCAAUUCAGGAUCACAAACAGUUAUUGAAAUUGUGAGAAGAAUUACAACAGGUGAAUUUAAAAAAUCAAAUAUUUUUCAAGUUGUGUGGAGGGAAUUUAGAAUUGGUAUUCUAUUGAGCUUGGCUAUUGGAUUAAUUGCUUUUCUGAGAGUUUAUAUUUACAGAGUUUUCAGUCUCACUCCACAAGAAGCAAUGGGAAUGUCACCAUUCAUUGCCAUCUUUUAUAAUCCAACUCUAUUGAAAGAAUUAAUAGCUCUUACCUUGAGUGUUAUAAUGAUUGUCAUUGUGAGUGUAUUUGUGUGUGCACUCAUUCCACUAUUCAUUCAUUUUGUUUUGAAAUUCGAUGCUGGCAUAUCCUCUGGUCCAAUGUCUUCAGUUGUAAUGGAUCUUUUAGGUGUAACUCUCACUGUUCUUGUCUGUUCUCUUUUACUUUAG